AUGAACUACAUCUUCCUUUCAAAGCUAGCAUGGACGGCUGGAGACCCUAGGCGCUCCGGUUGGUUCUCCAAGUUAUCGACAAUGGCCUGUGGAACUCUGUCUUCCCUAAUUUCAUUGAGCGGCCAUGCCUCCCCUUACCGUCCGUACGCGAAAAUCUGCAGCUGCCCCCGUCUUCCUCGCCUUCCAUCUUUUCAUCAGUUCCCUCACCUUUUCCGGAUUUUCGGGUCGUGGUUGUUGCUGCUACCCGGCACCGCCACCGAACCCUUUCCCAAACACGCCACCGGCCAUGAUUUGUAUUGUACUUGGCCUGUUCAGCACGGAUCCUGGCAACCCUUAGGGCUGAUUGCUUUGGUUGGCUGUCCUUUCCCAGCUUAA